AUGGUGGCCCCUGCGGAUCCACGCUUUGGGGACUACCAGUGCAACAACGCCAUGGGCCUCUUCAAGCAGAGCAAGAAGGAAGGCGGCAAGGAGGGCUGGAAAAGCCCCCGAGAUGUCGGCGAGGCGAUCAAGUCAGCACUGCCCUCGGAGGCGGCAGACCUUUUUGCAGAGGUCAACGUGGCGCCACAAGGCUUCAUCACAGUGAAGCUGAGCUCACAGUGGCUCCACAAGCAGGUGGCAGAACUCUUCGACCACGGACUUCAACUGCGAAGUGGCAUGUCCCAGCGCAUUGUCAUCGACUACUCCUCUCCAAACAUAGCCAAGGAGAUGCAUGUGGGCCACCUGAGGUCGACCAUCCUCGGGGACACCAUGGCCAACCUCUUUGAAGACUUGGGCCACGACGUGGUGCGCCUGAACCACGUGGGUGACUGGGGGACCCAGUUCGGCAUGCUCCUGGAGUACAUGCGGAAGGAGGAGGCCCUGGAUGGAGAGGCCUCGUCCAUGGUCGUCAGCGACCUCCAGAAGUUCUACCGGAGUGCCAAGGAGGCCUUUGACGAGGACAACGACUUCCGGAAGAAAGCCCAAACGAACGUGGUGGAGCUCCAGGGGGGCGCUGAUUGGGCACGGACAGCCUGGAAUCGCAUCUGCGAGGCGAGCCGGAAAGAGUUUGACAACGUUUAUGGUCGCUUGCAGAUUCAAGGCCUGCAGGAGCGCGGGGAGUCUUUCUACAACGAGAUGCUGCCCGGUGUAGUUGCAGAGUUGCAGGAGAAGGGCCUGGUGACCGAAAGUGAUGGCGCCCUGUGCGUCUUUACGAAUGUGUCCGAGACACCGCUGAUUGUCCAGAAGGCUGACGGCGGCUUUGGCUACGACUCUACAGACUGUGCAGCAGUACAGCACCGGAUCAGGGAAGAGAAGGCCAACCGGGUUAUCUACGUCAUCGACAACGGCCAGGAGCUGCACAUGCGCAUGGUCUUCAGCGCUGCGGAGCAAGCAGGAUGGCUGUCAGAAGGCGCCCGGCUGGACUUCAUGGGCUUCGGGCUGGUUCAAGGCCAGGAUGGCAAGAAGUUCAAGACGCGGUCCGGGGAGGUCGUUCGCCUCAGGGACCUCCUGGACGAAGCCGCAGACAGGUCGGAGGUCGAGCUCCGCAAGCGCGCGGAGAAUGCAAACAUCCUCCUGGACGAGGAGAAGGAGGCGCAGCUCAAAGAGAACGCCGAGAGCAUCGGCGUGGCCGCUGUAAAGUAUUUCGACCUUCGCCAGAAUCGGAACUCCGACUACCGGUUCUCCUACGAUUCCAUGCUGGAUCCCAAGGGCAACACCGCAGUGUAUGUCCUCUACGCCUACGCGCGGAUCGCGGGAGUGCUCCGGAGGGCUGACUUCGAGGUGAGCUCCCUCUCCACGACGGACCUGGAGUUGACCGAGGCCCCUGAGAGGGCGCUCGCCCUUCGCCUCCUGCGCCUGCCCGACGUCAUUGCGCAGGUCGAGGAUGACCUCUUUCCCAGUAGGCUAGUGGAUCACAUGUACGGUCUCGCGACGGACUUCUCCUCCUUCUACACCGAGUGCCCUGUGGUGGGGUCGGACCAGCAAAAGAGUCGACUGAUCCUUUGCGAAGUGGUUCGGCGGCAGCUCGCUUAUUGCCUUGGCCUCUUGCGCAUUGAGCCCUUCGAGCAGCUUUGA